AUGACAUCUUCUUAUUCUCUGACUUUCCGCCAUCUCUCUCCUCUCCAACUCUCUCGCUCGCACAACAACUGCUCACUCUGUACGGUCCCUCGUCUUGGAUCCGUUUCGGCCUUCUCGCUCCAGAGUUACGAUCUUAAGUUGAUUGGACCAAGUUUCCGAAGGCAUGGGCGCCGCUAUCGUUAUAGUGAUGUUGAUUUCGGGGCCUUUGAUGCGGAUGCAGCUGAUGUAACACCACUUGAUGAUUGGGGAAACCAUGAAGAGUCUACAGGGUACAUGAUUUAUUCCAGCGGUGGUGAAGAUAGUGAUGCAGAGUUCGUUGUAACUCCCGUCGCCGAUAUUGAUUUGCCUGCCAUCACUGUAUCAACUAAUGAGUCUCUAACUGUGACUGCUCAUCGGUUUGCAUUGCUUGGGAAACAGCGUAAGAAGCACAGGCAAAAUUCUAAUGAAAAGCAAGCAUACUGGAUAAAGCUAUGGAUCAGGAAUGGAGUAUUACUCAACACUGGACUGAUAAUUUUCUUAGUGGUGGUGCUUCUAUAUGUGGAUUGGUGUGCAUGGCGGAUUGUUAGACUACCUUUGUCAGCGUUUCACUUGACCUGCCCCUUUUUCAUAUCAGCCGCUUUAGCUGCAUGUGCGGGAUAUGUUUGUGUACCAUUUCUCUAUGUCUUGAAGAUUCGUCAAAUUAUCAGGAUAGAAGGGCCUGUAAGGCACUCCUUCAAGAAAAGAACUCCCACGAUGGGUGGACUAUUUUUUGUACCAGUUGGUGUAAUUGUUGCAAAAUUCAUUGCUGGUUUUUCUUCUGUCGAAGUUUCUGGAGUAGCUCUAGCAACUCUUGCAUUUGCUGCAAUUGGGCUACUUGAUGAUACAUUAAGCCUCAUCAAGAACCAUAACACUGGUUUAUCUGCAUGGACAAAAAUUAUUAUGGAGGUAGCUGUUGGAAUCUGGUUUUCAUAUUGGUUGCAUACAACAAAAAUAUCAUCACCCUAUGGCAUGAAAAUGUUGGUUCCUCUACCUGCACUGGGCCUUGUGUGCCUGGGUAAAUGUUAUCUGGCGUUGGCCUCAUUCUGUUUUGUUUCUAUGGGAAAUGGGGUUAACUUAACAGAUGGUCUUGAUGGGCUGGCUGGAGGGACUGCUGCGUUGGCUUUUGUAGGAAUGUCGAUCGCAGUGCUUCCAAGUGCUAAGUAUUGCAUGCCAUAUGAAACAGACCUUGCUAUAUUUGGAGCAUCAAUGGCAGGAGCUUGCGUUGGUUUUCUUUUGCACAAUCGAUACAAGGCAUCCGUAUUCAUGGGUGAUACAGGAUCUUUGGCACUAGGCGGAGGGUUAGCUGCAAUGGCUUGUUGCACAGGGAUGUUCUUUCCAUUAUUUGUUUCAUCUGGCAUCUUCAUCGUGGAAGCCUUAUCAGUUAUUCUGCAGGUACUGUACUUCAAGACAACCAAGCGCAUGCACGGAGCUGGUCGUCGUCUCUUUCGAAUGGCGCCGUUUCAUCAUCACCUUGAACUAUGUGGGUUGAAAGAACCCGUCAUUGUUGGUGGUGCAUACGUUAUUUCAUCCACAUUGGCGUUAUGCGCUGGCUAUCUGGGUCUGAUUUCUGCAUAG